GGUGGGACGAUGAGGCCGGUGUUCUGCGGCAACUUCGACUUCGACACGCGCCAGUCCGACCUCGAGCGCCUCUUCUCCAAGUACGGCCCCAUCCGCCGCAUCGACAUCAAGUCCGGCUACGCUUUCAUAUACUUCGAGGACGAGCGCGAUGCAGAGGAUGCAAUAAGGCGGCUCGACAAAGCCGACUUCGGCCAUGGCAGGCGCAGGCUCUCCGUAGAAUGGUCAAGGCAAGAGGAGCCAGUGCCCAAGAACCGCGACAGGCCGACAGGGGACGCCGUGAAGCCGACGAGGACCCUCUUCGUCAUCAACUUCGACCCCCUCCGCACCAAGAUUCGGGACAUCGAGGAGCAUUUCGAACCGUACGGCAAGAUCUCAAACAUCCGCAUCAGGAAGAACUUUGCGUUCGUGCGGUAUGAGACGCUAGAGGAAGCCAGUGCGGCUGUCAAGAAGACCGACAAGAGCACAAUAUUGGACAGGGUGGUGACAGUUGAAUAUGCUUUCCGGGAUGAUGACAAUGAAAGAGAUGACAGAUAUGGAGAUCCCAAACAAGGCAAUGAAAGAUAUGGCAGUCCCAAACGAGGCAAUGACAGAUACAGUGGUCCAAAACGAGGCGAUGACAGAUAUGGAAGUCCAGGAAGAGUGAGGCGGCGCGGUAGUCCUUACAUGCGCUCCCCUAGCCCAAGGUACCAAAGGGAUUACAGUCCAGAUUACCAUCCACGUAACCCUGGAUAUGACCGCCGUGAUGGAGCACCAUACCGUAGGAGCAGAAGCCCUGUCUAUGCUCGUUACGACAGGGGCAGAAGCCCCGGCUAUGGUCGUUACUAG